GAAUCACAUUAUCUUGUUUUGUUAAAUCUGUAAGGCGCCCUCUGUCAGUAUGAAUCAGAUUUCUCUUGUUUUGUUCAUUGAUAUUUUUCAAAAUGGACGCUUCCACGCAGAAGCUGUCGGUGACUCUGAUACACGGUUCUGUUAAACAUAAAUUAGAUGUAACUAAGUUUGAUGAGUCUUGUGAUGAAUUGAUAGUCUUGGAUGUUCUAGAGUCUGCUAAAGUAUUGACUGGUGUUCCGAUACACGCACAGAAACUAAUCUGUAAAGGGAAAUCUUUGUCUGAUCCGCACCAAACUUUGAAAGAUGCAGGAGUUAAGGCAGGGUGUAAAGUUAUGAUGAUUGGAAAAAAGACUAACCCGGAAGAAGAAACCAAUAUUAAAAUGAUUGCUGAUGAAGAGAAGAAGACACGAAAUUCUGAAAAAAAUCAAAAUGAAAUCAUAUCUGAAGUUGAUGGGAUAGAGAAGGGGUUCUUAGAAGAUGGUUUAAUUAGACAGGCUUGUGGUCAGUUAUUGAAAAAGACAUGCACAAUGUCAUGAAGAAUUUAUGAAACUUAAAAAAACUAAUGCA